UCUUCAUCUUUCUUUCUUAUAGCUCUGUGCAUACAUCUUUUUAUAUAAGCUUAUCUUGUAAAGUUGUAAUCAUUCUCUUUUAUUGAGAUCUCUGCAACUACCUCUCCCUUUUAAUACCCUUUUUGCUUUUUCUUGACAGCUCUUGGUUUCCAGCAGAGUGCUGUUUGAUUAGCUAGCAAAUUCGUAUAUAUAUGCUUUAGAUCUUGGUUCUGCAAAGGCUGUUUCUUGUUACUUGGAAAUGCGUAGAUGGGGGGAAAACACAACAUCGCACAGUACAGAGAGAGGCUAGACAAGGCACUGGCUUCUGAUGACCUUACAGACAAGGAAAGACUUAAGGCACUUGUUAAAAAUCAAAUAAUUUCCUCAUCAAGCAGUGGACUUGGAGCAUAUAUUGAUGAUGUGGUGGAUAGAAGAACCAAGGAAGUAUCAAACUUUCUUGAUAUGCUAAGGAGUGCUUCUGUGGGUAAUGAUCAAGCAAAAAGGAGUGGAACUCGUGAUGACUGGAAAGUUAAACAGGAUACGGAAGAGUAUCGUGUUAUGUACCGCGAAGGACCUGAAGGCAGUCCGUAUCAUACACUGCUUGUUGAAGGCUAUAUAGAUGGGCCUCUAGAUAUAUGUUUAUGCAUCUCAAUGGAAUCAAACCUGUACAAAAAAUGGUGGCCUCAGUCUAUUUUUCCACCUUUUAAACUUGUAACUACUGAAUGUGUACAAAAAGUGGGAAUCAGUGAGCAGAUAUCUUUUGUGAGAAUGAAGAUUCCAUGGCCACUGUCAGCAAGAGAGGCUCUGGUGCAUUACUUUGUGUUGGAGUACUUCCAAGAUGAUAUUGUUAUUGUGCUUCUUACCUCGAUCUCGGACUUGGAAAGCAUCAAUGUAAGUACUCAUGGGUUCAGUAGAGACGGAUUACCUGACUCAGAGGCUGUAAGGGUUGAUAUCGUGGGAGGUUUUGCUCUACAAAAAGUAUCUGAUGGAAGAAGCUACUUUCGGACAAUAGUUAACAUGGAUGUAAAGGUGGACUUUGUUCCUCCAGCAUUUAUCAAUUUUAUCUCGAGGCAGCUCAUAGGUAGCGGUUUCAGACUCUAUCAAAAGGAAGUUGCUUCUGUCUCUAAGGGUGAUGAAGAUUUUGCCAAGGCCUUGAAAGAUCCAUUGUACGCUAAAAUACGUGAAGCUCUUUAUUCAGAAAAGUCAGUUGAGGAAGUACUGGAACCAAUAGAACUCAAAUGUGACACACAUGUUCCACCUGCAGAUCAUGAUGUUAUAACUUUUCAGGCCGAUGGGAGAGAAAUGGAUAAUGAGGUUCUUCCAAAUGGUCAUAUAACGAAAUUUAGCCCAGAUACUCCGGUAAUUGUGGAUAAUAAAGUUAAUGGUGAAAUUCAAGAGAUUGAGGAAGAAGAAAUUGCACAUAGUAGGUCCAUAGAAGGGGAAAGUAAAGAAACAUAUACCUCUUUAUCUAGUCAAGUUGUUGAAGAGUGUUUUAACAAGAAGAAAAAGAAAGUAGUUAUUAGCUCUGAGGUUGAUCAAGCUCUGGGCAUUCUGGAGAAGGCCAUUUCUAUAUUUCGUGAAUAUGGACGUACUCCUGAAACUAGGUUUUUGCCUGCAACUUUUGGUGGAAAGUUACUAAAUUUAGAAAAUACUGGGAGAGAACUAAAGCUUGCAGAAGAUAACCAAGGUUGUCCAAGUGACGGAGAUUGUGGCGUGACCAUCUCACAUAAAGCAAACAGUUUUCGCAGUAAUGGCACCAGGGUUAUAACUUCACCUUCAGCAAAAGUAGCAAAUCAAGACAUGACAGCACCAAUCUCAGUGGAAAGAGAUAUUAAAAAUCUAGCCGAGGCUCCCCAGAAAACUGUUUCAGGUCCUUCGGUGGAUCAAACAAUAGAGGCUGCAGUUCUGGAGAAGGUAAGUGACGGGGAAACCACAACUCAUGCUAAAACAAAUGGCAUCAGUGAAAAUACUUUGACAAGAAAAAAGUCCAAGAAAAGAAGGCAAUGCUGCUGGUACUUUAUGUCUGGGCAGCAAAUGGUUUGAGACUUUAUAUUUAAGUUAUAUAGUUUUUUAUCGGAAGAAUGCUGUAUAAACUAGUAUGAGCUACUUUAAAAAAAAAUAAGAUAUUGGGCGCAAAGUCACAUAUAUUUUCUUAGAUGUCAGAUUAUGAAUUGUACACAGAUAAUGAAGAAACCUGAGGGUGCAACACUUGCACAAUUUUAUUUUAUAAAGGCAAAAACAACUUUCUUAAAGA